GACGUUGGGGAGUUGCCUGGACGAAUCCCAUUGCUAUACGUUGGAAGUGUCCUUCUUUAGCUAUCAGACCAACACGACUGGCCAGUCUAUGCCCUACACGGAAGAAGCUUACAUGAAGCUAGGUCGCAACCUGGCCCGGACCUUCCUCGACUACUACAAGCUGACAGGGUUUAUCACAGCCAGGCCCAUGCCGGGCAUCCAGCUCAAACAGGCUGGCCCUCUGCCGCGACACAGAGACAAGUCCUGGGAGAAGCCAUCACUGGACCCCUUCACUAUAGCCCAAGGAGAUACAUUGUACAGCAACAAGUUAGAAAUUCGAGAUGAUUGCCCGACUCGCAAGGCUUCUGACUUGAACAUGAUGUCCCCAAAGAGCUACUGUAACUCUCCCCCGAUCAUCAUGCAGCAUGAGGGCCAUAGAACAUAG